AAUAAAAUAAAAAUUUGACAUCAGUGAUCAUGUCCGCGUCCCUGCGUUUGGUGAUCAACGAUUUUCAUACGAGAUCUCCAACUCCUUCUGAAGCCUGACAAUCUCAUCAUCUUUGUCCUUACCGGCCAUCUCGGACUGCUCCAAUUGAGACUUCAGGUGGGAAAUUCGGUCCUCAUUUCACUCCAUUUCCCACUCGCUCUUUUCUUUUUGGCAUUUAGACAACGGAGCAUCAGUUUCUGAAAUUUUCCUCUUCAGGUUCACCAUUGGCUCACCAAUCACAUUGCUCCAAACACCCAACAACCUCACGCCAGUGCCCAAAUACCUGCAAAUAAAUUUGAAUAAUCGAAUUCAAUCGAUCGAAAAUUAACCGACGAAAUUCAUAUUUAAUUAGUAAAGCGAAUAUUUCCUGUAUUAGCACUGGAGAUUACAGACUACUCCAUCAAAAAUUCCAUCGACAAUUCCCGCCAUAAAUUGAGGUAAACAUACUGAAGGACAUCGUGCAAUCUUGUUCAUGAAAACUCUCAUCGAUUUUCGGAGCCAAAGCCAGAGAUUCCAAAGCAGAAUAGAAAAAGACCUUGCAUAACCUCAAUAUUAACGACAUUCCAACUGCUCCAACUUCUGCAACAAGCAUCUUCGGUUUUUAUCAGUAAGAAUGAUCGUCAAGGUCACUUGAAAAAUUUUGUAAAUACGUUUGACCUUACGAGAGAUAAAAUAAAAAAGACAACGGAGUUAAUUCAUCACCUGACCAUCAGAAAAGAGAAUAAAAAUGUCUGAGCAAUUUGUGGGCUGCAUGGUGUCCAUAAAGUGCGUCGACGACCUGGGGACUUAUCAGGGUCAGAUAUCAGAUUUAAAUCGUGAAACGGUGACGAUAUCAAAGGCCUUCAGAGACGGUGUGCCCUAUCCAUCAUCCCAGGUAAUAAUAAAUGCAAAGGACAUUGAGAAUCUGGAGAUAAUAUCAACAGAGGAAGCGGGUGCCCGAGAAGUUCAGUCGAGUAAAGUUAAGAGGCCAAUAGCGAAAAGAGCCAACAGAUCAGUAUCAGAGUGCAUUCCCACAUCAGUGCCAUCAGCCACUUGGUACUCGAAAAAGGUAACAGAUCCCAUUCCCAUUCCCGAAGUGACAAACGGUAAAACGACGAUCGAGGCGAAUGUGAAGGGAAAUCAGAGGAGAUCACAACGUCAAAAGUGGCAGGAGAGGGACGAACAGGCGUUUGGUACACCAAUAGAUCAGUCCCUCAGUCAGGAUUUCGAUUUUGAGAAGAACCUCGCUCUAUUCAAUAAGGAAGCUGUCUGGCAGGAGAUAAAUUCAUCGAAACCAGAUGUCUUGAGACAAUCAGAAAAUAAUCGAGGAACGUAUCGACACGACGAGAAUAUUCUCGUGUCAAAACCUACGACGUUAAGGCAAAUAGUCGUUCCAUUGAGUCAUGAGAGAGAAUAUGUGACUGACGAUGGUCUUGUGAUACCCAGUAUAACGUUAGAGCUGCACAGACAGCUGAUGGGAGCUGCCGACAGGCUGGGAAUCAGCUGGGAACGGCGUGUGGAGCUUCUGGGUCGGGCUGGAGCUGAGAUUAUCCUUCAGCUUCUCGGUGGGGCUCACAGACUCAAUCCAAAAAAUGCACAUCAGUGGCCCACAGUUGUUGCCCUGUGUGGACCACACAGAUCAGGAGCUGCUGGUGUCAAUUGUGCACGUCAGCUAUCAUCACAUGGAGUUGAAACGGUCGUCUACAUCGAGAACUCGGAGAAUAUUUCACUUCUGCAGGAGCUCUCCCUGUACAAAAUGACUGGCAACAAAGUCGUGACAGGAAUUGAUAAAUUAGCACCUGUGGUGGAUCUCAUUGUUGUUGCUCUGUGUGAAGAGGACUCACCCAGGGUUGUACCCUCUGUUGCCAAGUGGGUUAAGAGAAAUCGAGCUCCUGUACUCGCCAUUGAACCACCCUCUGCUGGAACACCUGGUAUUUCAUCAAAAUUCAGCCUUCUCGGAGCUCUACCUCUCUCCCACAGCCCGGAUAAUGGCAGGUUGUACUUGUGUAAUCUCGCACUUCCCAGUAAAGUUUUCUCAGACGUCGGUAUCACGUAUAAAUCACCAUUCGGUCCAAAAUCCGUCAUUCCAUUGCAUUCUGAUGACUCUUAGGGGUUUUGGGGAGGUUGGGGGAGUAAGGGGAGAGCACUGGGGGUUUUUUGAGGCUAUUGGAAUAAUUUCUUCGAGGGUUACAAUUGAAUAGAAUUGAUUUUUUAAAUUUCAAUUCAAUGGCCUCACGACUUUUAAAACUCCUGGUUCUCUUUUAAGGCACACAGUGACUGCAUCAGAAUGAUGAUGGAAAUUUAGAGUGUCUGGUUGAGUUGAUGAAUGAAAUAAUCGUUGCUUGACACAGCAGAUAAAUGUGAGAAUAGUAUAGUAUACGAUACAAGUGAAAAAAAUACUUUUUGAAGCCUUCGGCUUGGCUGUAACCCUCACACUUGUAAGAAAGAAUUUUUUUUUUCACAUGUAUCGUACAAAAUUUUAUGAUUACGGUGGAGAAGAAAGGGAGUUGUGUGCAGGUGCGGGCAAGAAGUGUCUUUCUUUUUCACUUGUAUCAUAAAUCAUAGUUAUGGAAUUUAAAUAACUAAUUGUAUGUUAUGUCACGAGAUAUUUAUAAUGCUCAUGAACAAAUUGUAAAAAAGGCCACGACAAUUUUUUAACUUGCAGAGUGAGAAACUGUCGAGGGCAGUAAUUUGCCACGAAUUUGAUAAUAUUUUUAUCUAGAUUUUUUUUAAUGAGGGAACCAUUUCAGAGGGUGAAAAUUGUUUUGUAGAUAGGUUUUAUCUUAUUUUUCCCACGGGAGAUGAGAUGGAAAUGUUGGGGGGAGUAUUUUUAUUGGACGUGCUAGAUCAACUGAUGUAAAGUGAAAUUUGGAAUUAAUUAACUUUGAUGAAUCCAGUGGCGAAGUGAUAAACCGGGGAGAAUCGACUUUGAUAUUUUCAUUAAUUGAAAAAAUCGAUCUAUUUAUUUUAAACAAUAUCGAUUUGAGGUAAAAGUCGAGAAUUUUCCGGUAGCUAAUAUUCAGCCAAAUUGGCAAUUUUUCCAGUCAAAAAUCCGUAGUUUUUAAAAAAUCUAUAUCUGAUAAUUGCGAAAAUUCGACUCAUCUCUCUUUAUGAUUUCCCCAUUGGAUAAUUCUUGUUGGAAUGUAUGGAAUCGAUACUGUACGACUCGAAGAUGGAUUUUCCAUCGUUUUUCCCCAGAUAUUCACCAAAAAUUCACUUGAGUCAUCUCGUUUCUACCACAAUAAUAACGAAAGUCCACUGCGCUCAUGAAUUUACAAUUUGCAGCAAUGUUGUUUAUCCUUCACUCAUCCAUCCGCAAGUUGGACUCAUCACGAUAUGAAUACCAAGUGAAAGCCCAUCGCGUAUCGACAAAUGCAAGUGAACAAAAGUUUAACCGGGGAUUAAAUCAAGACCAUUAUAAUUCCUCCUUUAGUGAUAUGACCAGUUGUAUUUAUCAUGGCGACAGUUGAAUCGAUGAUUUCGCAUUGUAAAGAUCAAUAAACGUGUGAGCAUAAGAACA